AAAAAAUCGUUGCUACAGUAAACGUCAACAAUGCAUUGCCACAAUAAAUUCACGACGUCAACAAUGGAACAAAAAACCAAAAACGAACGCGAUUCACGAAACCGUAAAGCAUAAAAAUGGUUUAGAUGCCUUUUCGACUGGGACUGGUGUGGGACGGGGAGGCCGGCAUGCACGAAAACUGACACCACAAAAGACAAGCAGGCUGGAAAAGGGACAAACUAUGGCAGACAGCCAGCUCAUUACCGCACAGUGCGGCCAGUGCGCAGUCGCAAUAGCCACCGGCGCAAUCAAGGAGGAAAGGGAGGCGCAAAAGUGGCAUCCGACGACAGUGGAGUGGACGGUAUUGCCAAAAAUUCGCGCACAACUCCACCACUGGAGCAGUGUGAAGUCAAGCAAACCUAAAGCGUUGCGACUCUUUGGCGGGAGAGGUAAAACAAGGGUUGGAAAAUACAAAAUAUACAGCGCAAAUAUUACGAAUUUAUUGGGUUGGAUAGGCUCUGGCUUGACAAGUUUCGAAAAAAGAGAGUAUGACUUCAGAAUUUUAAGGGCGCGAAGAUUUUAUAAUAAUGAUCUGUGCGAGCAACCAGUUGCCUCUUCGACCAAAUAUCAAAAUCUAUGGGUCAAAGCAAUAAGCGCUUAACAUGUUCGUCGUACUUGCAGAAUACGUUAUCAUAUAGUAUAACUUAUUUCUUUCUUAAGUUGACUUAAGCUUUUAUU